AUGUUGCGGCCGAGCUCAGGGGUGUUGAUCUCGGUGAACGGGCUGGGCUUCCCACCGCAGAAUCUGGCCCGCGUGGUGGUGUGGGAGUGGCUGAACGAGCACGGGCGCUGGCGGCCCUACACAGCAGCCGUCUGCCACCACAUUGAGAAUGUGCUGAAGGAGGAUGCCCGGGGCAGCGUGGUGCUGGGGCAGGUGGAUCCCCAGCUGGCUCCGUAUAUCAUUGACCUGCAGUCCAUGCACCAGUUCCGCCAGGACACAGGGACCAUGCGUCCAGUGAGGAGGAACUUCUAUGACCCCUCCUCGGCCCCUGGGAAGGGGAUCGUGUGGGAGUGGGAGAACGACAACAACUCCUGGACUCCCUACGACAUGGAUAUUUGCAUCACCAUCCAGAAUGCCUAUGAGAAGCAGCACCCGUGGCUGGACCUCUCCUCUCUGGGCUUCUGCUACCUGAUCUACUUCAAUAGCAUGUCGCAGAUGAACCGGCAGACGCAGCGGAAGCGCCGACUCCGGCGCCGCAUGGACCUGGCGUACCCGCUCACCAUGGGCUCCAUCCCCAAGUCCCAGUCCUGGCCUGUGGGCACCAACUCUGGGCAGCCGUGUUCCUGCCAGCAGUGCCUGCUGGUCAAUAGCACCAGGGCAGCCUCCAAUGCCAUCCUGGCCUCGCAGCGGAGGAAGGUGUAUGUGGGCAACAGCAAUGGGACUCUGGCUGUUAGGCAGAGCAACACUUUCAACGGCACAGCAUUGUGGUCUGCGGGCACCAUGCCAACUGGGGGGACAGCUAAGAUGGAGCAAGUCCGGUCCCCUAGCGGCAUGCAAGUGACUACCUUCUCCCGAAGCCAGAGCGCUCCCACUGGCACCCAGCUUCCUGGGCAGAACAACCUGAACAGGCCUGGCACGCAGCGGGUUGCAGUACUGAGUACCAGGGCCUCCAUCCCACCAGGGGUUCCUGCCCUCCCGGUUAAGAAUCUGAAUGGAACCGGACCAGUCCAUCCUGCCCUGGCAGGUAUGACAGGCAUUUUGAUGUGUGCUGCUGGGCUGCCUGUAUGCCUGACCCGGGCCCCGAAGCCCAUCCUGCACCCUCCGCCCGUGAGCAAGAGCGACAUCAAGCCGGUGCCCGGGAUCAAUGGCAUCUGCAGGAAAACCAAGAAGAAGCACCUCAAAAAGAGCAAGAACCCCGAGGAUGUGGUGCGCCGGUACAUCCAGAAGGUGAAGAGCCCGCCGGACGAGGACUGCACCAUCUGCAUGGAGAGGCUGGUGGCCUCGUCCGGCUACGAGGGCCUGCUCAGCCACAGGGGCGCCAAGCCGGAGCUGGUGGGCAAGUUGGGCAAGUGCGGGCACAUGUACCACCUCCUCUGCCUGGUGGCCAUGUACAACAACGGCAACAAGGAUGGCAGCCUGCAGUGCCCCACCUGCAAGGCCAUCUAUGGGGAGAAGACCGGGACCCAGCCCCCAGGGAAGAUGGAGUUCCACAUCAUCCCACACUCGCUGCCAGGCUACACGGAAUCCAAAACCAUCCGCAUCGUCUACGACAUCCCCACGGGCAUCCAGGGCCCAGAGCACCCGAACCCCGGGAAGAAGUUCACAGCCCGAGGCUUCCCCCGGCACUGCUACCUACCGGACAACGAGAAAGGCAGGAAGGUUCUGAAGCUCCUGAUUGUGGCAUGGGACCGCCGGCUCAUCUUCACCAUCGGCACAUCCAGCACGACGGGAGAGUGCGACACUGUGGUGUGGAACGAGAUCCACCACAAGACAGAGUUUGGUUCCAACCUCACUGGCCACGGCUACCCUGACCCCAACUACCUGGACAAUGUCCUGGCUGAGCUGAUGGCCCAGGGGGUCUCGGAAGCCAACCUGAAGGACUGA